AUGUCGCUAUCGGAAUUGUACGAUUUUGGAUGGUAUUGGGGCGACCUUGAAUGGAAAUGGGCGGAGCGAUUGCUUCUGAUGUGUCCCGAUGGUUAUUAUUUGGUGCGUGAUAGCCGAAGCGAGUCGCAUUUGUUCUCGGUCUCGUAUAAAUUUGAAGGCAAAGUGCUUCACACGCGGAUAUCGUUCGAACGAUCGCAAUUCCAUCUCGGCCGUCAGCAGCCGUUCCUUUUUAAUGAUUAUCAAAGGCUCGGCCAACUGAUUCAGGAUUCGGUUGAGAUCACCCGAAACGGCCACCACGAGAUGCUUGUCCAUCGACGCGGCGGCGAAGCGGAAGCGUCGCGUCUGAAAUUCACGAAUCCGCUGAUGCGUCGCGACCUUCUCCCGUCGCUACAGUACCUGUGUCGAUUCGCGAUCCGCACGAGACUCGCCGCCAAUCAACUUGACACACUGCCCCAAAUGCCGCCGGCUGUGCUGAAAUAUGUCAAGGAUCCGAAAUGGAUCAUACCCGAUUUGGAGGCGUGCGAACAAGUGCUCGAGCAGCGCAAUCGCAAUUUGUGA